UUCAUUUCCCCGAGCGCAGUGAAGAAGAAGAAGAAGAAGAAGAAGAAGAAGAAGAAGAUAUGAGCGUGGAAGAUCUUCCUGGGAAAGAGGUAAACGUGCUGAAGGGUCACGAGGGUGGCGUGUUAGCCGCGAGGUUCAACGGCGAUGGCAAUUAUGUUCUGAGUUGCGGCAAAGACCGUACCAUACGCCUUUGGAAUCCUCACCGUGGCAUCCAUAUCAAGACCUAUAAAUCCCACGCUCGCGAAGUCCGCGAUGUCCACGUCACACAGGACAACUCCAAGCUAUGUUCCUGUGGUGGAGAUCGACAAAUAUUUUAUUGGGACGUUGCAACUGGACGUGUAAUUAGGAAAUUUCGUGGCCAUGAUGGUGAGGUAAAUGGUGUCAAAUUCAAUGAGUAUUCAUCUGUUGUAGUCUCUGCUGGCUAUGAUCAAUCAUUGCGUGCUUGGGACUGCAGAUCCCACAGCACAGAGCCAAUUCAGAUUAUUGACACAUUUGCGGAUAGUGUGAUGUCUGUUUGUUUAACAAAAACUGAAAUUAUUGGAGGAAGUGUUGAUGGAACUGUUCGAACAUUUGACAUUCGUAUUGGCAGAGAAACAUCUGAUAAUUUAGGGCAACCUGUCAACUGUGUAUCAAUGUCAAAUGAUGGUAACUGCAUUCUAGCCGGUUGCUUAGACUCUACAUUGCGUCUUUUGGACAGGUCGACAGGUGAACUGUUACAAGAAUAUAAAGGACACACUAAUAAGUCUUACAAAUUGGAUUGCUGCCUUACCAAUACGGAUGCUCAUGUAACUGGUGUCUCUGAGGAUGGCUUCAUUUAUUUCUGGGAUCUUGUAGAUGCAUCUGUUGUUUCAAGAUUCAAGGCUCAUACCUCAGUGGUAACAAGUGUUAGUUAUCAUCCAAAGGAAAACUGCAUGGUAACUUCUUCUGUGGAUGGCACCAUUAGAGUAUGGAAGACAUAAGAACAAAAUGCAAACACUAAGCUUCUAUGGUGUGUCCACGCGGUCCAUAGCAAUACCAAUUAGGAUAAUGAUGAUUACAUGUCCGAUUGCGUUUGGAGUUCACGGACACGAUGUUACUUCCAAGUUAUUUAUAAUUCUUCGGCAGAUUUUGACCUAUAAUAUGUGCUUUUCAUGUGGAAGAUGGUAAACGCAAGGUGAGUUAGUUGGUUGCAGCAUCUAUACGGUCAAAUCUCACACAUUUUUUGACUUUUUGUCUCCAAAAGGGAUAGGGUAUUGUUCACUUGUGUCCAUAAAAGGAAAAUGAUUUGUAUACUAUCCGUUAUUUUGUGAAAAUGAGGUUGUAUUGUAUCCGUUUUGGAGUUUUUGAUCUUGGGUUUUUUUUACUGGUAUAGUUGGAAAACUAGUGGCUGCGAUGCUCUUAUGUAGUUACAAAUCUAUGCUGUGAUUCAAUCCAUGGCUGGUGUUUUUCCAGUGAUCUAAUCCACAGCUCAAACGGUGAAACUCUUGCAGCCAGUUUUUCUAAUUUGUGGGCAAAAUCAUUUGGGAAAAAAGACUCUUUUGUUAUUGAUGUAGACUUAAUAAUUUUUUUACGGUUUAUUGACAUUUUUCGUUUUAGUUAA